GUUACAAUUAUCUUAUCUCUCUCUCUCUCUCUCUCAUUCUCUCUCCCUCUCUGGUCUCUUCCUCUUAUAUUAUUCUCUCAUCGGAAGUGAAGUAGAUGGAAAUGUACAAAGAUGAUAGCUCACCAUACUGCUAUUUCCAUCCAAAGGAAGAAUAUGUUGGAGUUUGUCCUCUCUGUUUGAAUGAGAGGCUUCUUGUUUUAGCUUCAAAACAGAGAUCAUCAAGAACCAAACACUCUUCCUCUUCACCUAUCAUCAGCCUCCCUAAGAUCUUCGCCUUGAGCUCUCUCCUCAGUCGUCUCGAUCUCCGUCACCGUAAAUUCCAUCCCUCCUCCGAUCUUGACGUCUCCACAAGCCAAGAAGAUUCUUUUAUAUCAAUAAAAUUCGAAAACGAUGGAAACGCGUCAUGGGAGAAGAAAGCAGUGGUGACAAAGGUUUGUGUAGACAACAACAACACAGCAAACUCAACAUGCAAGAAGGAGCAAUCUCCUAUUAUAAUGAGCAGUACAAGUAUCGUAGAGCACAAUACUGCCAAGUCAUCGCUGAGGUGGCGCAAGCGUAUUAGUCAUCUCUUCCACGUUGUCAGACUCAGAUCAGGCUCGUCCACCACUUCUUGUCAUGUGGCAUCGUCCAAGGUCGAAGGAGCCAAAGUGAGGAAACAAGGUUGGAUGGUGAGGACCUUAACCAGAAGAAAAUCCAGGAAAAGUAAAAGUUGAUUUUUUUUUUCAUAUUAUAACUAAUUAUAAAUUUGAGAAAAAGAAAACAAAAAUAUUUUUCUAUA